GCCGCCCCCUCCGCGGGACAUGCGGCCGCUGCUGCCGCCGCUGCUGCUGCUGCUGGGGACGGUGGUGCUGGCACAGCCGCGGGACCUGUCCCCCUCGGGCGCGCAGUGCCUGGAGCACGAGUGUUUCGCCGUGUUCUGGGCGUCCCGGUCCUUCUCCGGCGCCAGCGAGGGCUGCCAGCGGGACGGGGGACACCUCAUGACCGUGCGCUCCACCGUGGCCGAGGAGGCGAUCGCGCUGCUGCUGCAGAACCGCCAGGGGCGGCUCUGGCUCGGGCUGUCGCUGUCGCCCUCCUCGUCCUGCACCGAUCCCAGCCUGAGGCUCCGCGGUUUCAGCUGGGUCACCGGCGACCGCCGCACCGACUACACCAACUGGGCUCCGUCGCGGCAGCGCUGCGGCGAGCUCUGCGUGACCGUGUCCCGGGCGCUGCGCUGGGAGGAGCGGCGCUGCGAGGAGCCGGCCGACGGCUUCCUCUGCCAGUACACCUACGGAGGCAGCUGUCCCCGCCUGGCCACCCAGCACGGCGUCCCCGUCACCUACACCACCCCUUUCGGCGCCCGCGGAGCGGACUUCCUGGCGCUGCCUCCGGGCAGCAGGGCGGUCAUCCCUGACCUUCGGCUGGAGCUGCUCUGCGACGACGGGGACGGCGCGGGGCUGCGCUGGGUCCGCGACACGCCGGGAGCGUGGCCCUGCGAGCUGGGCGGCGGGGGCUGCGCGGGGACGUGCGUGGAGGAGAGCGGGCGGCCGCGCUGCUCCUGCCCCGAGGGCACCGUGCUGGGCCCGGACGGGCGCGGGUGCCGCUCGCCCUGCGAGGGGGCGCAGUGCCAGCACCACUGCGUGGUGGCCGGCAGCUCCUUCGUGUGCAUGUGCGCCGUCGGGUACCAGCUGGAGGCAGACGGCAUCAGCUGUGAGGACAUCGACGACUGCGCCAGCGAGCCCGGCCCGUGCGAGCAGAAGUGCGUGAACACCAAGGGUGGCUUCGAGUGCCAGUGUCACAAAGGCUACAGGAUGGUGGACGGGCACUGCCAGCGCCUGCCGCCCUGCUGGGGCCUGUCGUGCCAGCAGCGCUGCGAGGAGCUGCCCGACGGCGACCGCUGCGGCUGCCACCCCGGCUACGCCGUGCACCCGGGGGAUGCCGCCCGCUGCCUCCCGUACUGCAACACCACCGAGUGCCCGCCCACGUGCGACGCUGGCGGGGGCUGCCAUUGCCCCGACGGCUUCAUGUUGGACGAGGACGAAAACCUGUGCAUGGACGUGGAUGAGUGCGACAGCGGUCACUGCGAGUUCAACUGCACCAACACCCCCGGUAGCUUCCAGUGCCAUUGUCCCCGCGGCUUCCUCCUCCGCGGCGUCGACUGCAUCCCCGACCUGGACGGGGAUGGCGAGGAAGCGUCCUCGGGGGAUUUGGAGCCCGCACCGAACACGCCCGUCCCCAGCCGGUCCCCGCCGAAAGCGGAGCCGCUGCACCCCGGGGUGCUGGUGGGCAUCGCCGGGGGUGCCCUGCUGAGCGUCCUGGCGCUGUCGGCUUUGGGAUUCCACCUGGCCAGGAAGCGCUCCCACGGCUCCAUGGAUUACAAGUACAGCGGCCCCCACGAGAAGGAGCUCGGACUUCAGCCCGUGCCCUCCGCACAGAAGCCGUAGGGACAGCGGGCAGGACGGACAGACGCUGGACACUGGGAGGCCGAACUGGGUGACAUUUAUCCUCCGCCCCCCCAUCCCCCC